CCGCCGCGAGGCUGUGGGGCCGCCGCCGCCGCCUAUGGAGCCCAACGGGACGGCGGCGGCGGGGGACAACGGGACGGCGGGCGGUGGCGGCCCCCCCGAGGGCGGCCCUCUGCUCAUCCCGUCGGACUUCGGGACGGUGCUGUCGGUGAUGUACGUGGCCGGGGUGGCGGGCAACGUGUACACGCUGGUGGUGAUGUGCCACUCGGCGCGCUGCGCCGCCCCCAUGUACAGCUCCAUCGUCAGCCUGGCCCUGGCCGACCUGCUCUACCUCUCCACCAUCCCCUUCAUCGUCUGCACCUACCUGGCCCAGGACUGGUACUUUGGAGACCUGGGGUGCCGCAUCCUGCUCAGCCUGGACCUGCUCACCAUGCACGCCAGCAUCUUCACCCUCACCUUGAUGUGCACCGAGCGCUACCUGGCCGUCACGCGGCCCCUGGACACCCUGAAGCGCUCACGCGGAUACAGGAAGGUGACGGCGGGUGCCGUCUGGUCGGUGUCGCUGCUCCUCACGCUGCCCAUGAUGCUGAUGGUCACCCUGACUGAGGGGAGCAAGGCGGAGGGCAAGGUGAAGAGGAUGUGCGCGCCCACCUGGAGCAUGGACGCCUACCGGACCUACCUGACGGUGCUGUUCAGCACCAGCAUCAUGGCCCCCGGCAUCAUCAUCGGCUUCCUCUACACGCGCCUGGCCAGGACCUACCUGGAGUCCCAGCGGAACCCGCCCCACAAGGAGAAGAGCAAGAGGUCCCCGCGGCAGAAGGUCCUCAUCAUGAUUUUCAGCAUCGUGCUGGUCUUCUGGGCCUGCUUCCUGCCUUUUUGGAUCUGGCAGCUGGUGCGACUCUACAGCAGCCCCCUGCAGCUCACCACCCAAACCCAAAAGUGCAUUAACUACCUGGUGACCUGCCUGACCUACAGCAACAGCUGCAUCAACCCCUUCCUCUACACCCUGCUCACCAAAAACUACCGGGAGUACCUGCGCAACCGGCACCGCAACUUCUACAGGUUCACCUCCUCCUUUCGCAAGAGGGGCUCCAACCUGCAGUGCUCCUGGGGACGCUCCAUGUCCUCCAGCAACCAAUACGACUACAGCUCGGAGGCCCUGGGCAUGGCCACGCUGAAGGACAAGUGAGGAAGAGGAGGCUCUCAGCAGACAUCAGGACCAGAAGAGCGUCUGGCCGAGCUCUCACCUUACCGGGGUUUGAAAACCUUUGCUUACCAGCACUGCCGGUGGGAAGCAGGAACUCCGCUCUCUGCCUUCCACUGAUGGCACCUGCUCAUUUAUUACCCAGAGAGGCUUUCUGGAGCAAGGACAAACUUCCAGGGCCUUUGGGCACGGCGGUGCACAAGACUGAAAAAAAUAAUAAAUCCUUUACAGCUUAUUGUCGUGAUUUUACUUGCAUGAAGAAUGUCAGGUAUCUGUAUGAGAGCUCAGGCAGGCUUGUAACUGAUUUCUUUUGAAGACUAUUUGGAACAGUUUUGAGGAAAGGACAUAAAGAAGAGAUACCACUGGAAUCAAGAUGAACACAGCUUAAUUCAGAAUUAUUAGUUAAUAACAAUGCUGCAGAUAUUCAGAAAGGAAGGAGAAGAAAAAACAAAGCCUCGCAACCUUUGUUGACCACAGGCAGACUUAUCUGCCCUUGGCACUUCCAAAAGCUCUACAAUUUAUGGGCUCCUCCAAUCCAAGCACAAAAUGAAGUGUACUGAACCUCAUCCUUCACAAUAUGCCCUGGAACAAAGUAAACUUAUUCUAAUGUGUACUCCCUAAAAAGAAAACAGACAGACCUUGUAUCUCUGGAAACCUAUCAGUCUUUCACAAAGGCACUCAUGAACUGCUACUCUUCUUUUCCUUUUAGAUUAAACGCUUCAAACACUAAAAUAAUUUUACCAGCUUUUUCAAAGCAGACUCUGCAAGGUGAAUUCUGCAAAGCAGAGGAGCUGUCAAAGCAGGUUGAUUUUAAAACCUGACAACCAUGACAGCCUCCUCGCAGCAGAGCACAGCCACGUCACUGCUGCAGUUACCCGUGGUUACAAAACUGUUGAAUGAAAUUGAAUCCAAACCUGUUGAGGAAUGUAACUCCCAAACAGGCAGAACAAGUGAUCUGGAAUGAUAACAAGUCAAGCAAUUAAUGCAUUUGUCCUGAGUCCUGGCUGCCGAGGGGACAGGGAAGCUCCUGGUGUGAUCUAGCUUUGUAUGUUGCUUUUUUGAGAAGAGGGUCAGCCAUAAAGCAGCUCUGUGGGAGCCCUAUGAUUUCAAGGAGAGGAGAGUUAGGGGGUGUUCUCUCUUUGUCCCCAGGGAAACAGCAGAACACAGAGCAGCUACAGAGCUCUAUCAGCAGAGGGUGGCUGUAGAAACACUGUUCUCAACUCUCAGUACUUCAUGAAUUGUCUCUAAAAACCUGUUUCAGUCUGUCCACAUGGAGGGAUUCCCAUUUGCUGGAGCCUUUGGGCCAGCUGCCAGCUUCACUUUUCACCGUUAUGCCUGCAGGUGUGACAUCAGUCCCCACCAAGCAUCGCUGGGAUGUUCCAAUCAGCGCUGCAGCACUGCUACCUGCAGUCAGCAUUUCGGCAGCAGGAGCUGAAACAUCACUUCGGACAAUGGGACACAACAAUCAAGCUUUGCUCUCAGGCCUCCCCUCCAGUCUCACCAUCCUCACCCUUUUCUUUCAGCACCCUUUCAUUCUCCCAUUCCCUUUCAGGGACUCCUUUCUGCUGCCACCACCCCCCUGUGGCCUCCAGCCCUGCUAGAUGUGUCCCCCCCACCCAGAAGCUGACUGCACUGAGAAUUCAGCAGCCAGAGCACAGCAUGGAGCCCCAGGCCCUGACCCUCACCCUAGGGUGGUCUCCAUCACCCACCCCAUAAGGGGCUGAGGGCCACAAAGUAUUUCUUGGCUUCCUACGUGGGAGUGCGUGCAGUCAGAAUUCUCCGAAGCGUUACGUUUUACUGCCACUCCCCAAUGUAAACUGGGUGAAUUGAUGGAGUCAAGCCCUGAGGAUAAACACCAGCCCUGCUGUUUAGAGUAACUGUCGCCAGGAGGAGAGGCGGGCGGGCGGCUGAGCCUGGCUGCCAGGAGGUGCCUGCACCCAGUGGCACCCACAGACCUCAGCCCUGGGACAACAGGAGCAGUGGAGAGAGGGGGGAAGCAGGGUACCAGAACAGCAGCAUUGCUGGUAUUUUACAGAAAGAGAGGACCAGAAACCUUCACCUGAGUCAUUUGUAAAAGUUCAUAGCUGCGGAUUUAAGCCUUCAAACAAAGCCAGCCUCUGGAUUUGGGCACUAUGUGGCAACGCUACAAAAUGCUGUUUGAAGGAGUUCUCUAUUUCAGAUUAUUUUCAGUAUUUUAGCUGUCUGGCAGUGGUAAAGCUCAUGUGGCUAGGAACCAUUCUUGGCUAUUACACCUAAACAGAACUUAGGUAAUAUUUAUGGCCAGGCCAGUAUUUUGAAGGAGACUCAAAUUACUUAAGAUCACUAAGUCCAGCAUUCCUUCCACAUCUGUGUUCUUCCCAAUCAUAGAACCACGAAGGUUGGAAAGACCACUAAGAUCAUCCAGUCCAACCAUCAGCCACCCCACCAUGCCCACGAGCCACAUCCCUCAGUGCCACAUCUCCAUGGUUCUUGAGCACGCCCAGGGAUGGUGGAUGCACACCUCCCAGGCCCAAGGCAGCUACUGUAGAGACAGAUUUCACAUCACACUCUAGUACAGUCACUUGCAUUCUCAAGGAAAAAAGCUGUCUCAGAUGCACACGUGCUGUCCUCAGCCUUCAGGGCCUUGAACACAACUGGAAAACACCUGUUCUCCUAAAUGAUGGUUUCGUGCAUCUGUAGAUCUCUGCCUGCACCCAGCAAGUAAGUCAGAGAGCUCAAAUCUCAUCCAUUUGGGAAGAUUUUGCAAUAUACUAGUUCUCCCCUUCCUUAAAAUAUCAGAGGGGAAAGGGACAGCUGUACAUCCAGAGGAUCAAUUUCAGUCUAACAUGAAAUGGCAGCAGACCAAGCAAAUAAUUUUCUAUUCCCACUUUUGUCCUCUCUGUGUGGAUGUCCCGGGGAGCAGCCUGCUGUCCGUCCGUCCCGCAUGUUCAUCUCCAGCUGGAAGAAAACUCAGGUUCAAUAACAGCUGCUGGGCAGGGGAGAGGCAGACGAUGCCAUUUACUUUUUCUAUUAAGUUAAUUGAUCUGUUUACUCACUCACUCAAUCUCAUUUAUUAAUACCAAAGCUUUAAGGCUCAAAGCUCUCCUGCUUUUCCAGCUCCGUGAAAUGAUUUAAUUAGAGAUAGUUCUGCUGCUUAUAACCUUUGCCACGUUUGCAGCAUUAAUGUACAAGCCCUUGUUUAUAAAUAUACAGUCCCCGUUACCAUUAUGUUUCCCACUCCAGGGGAAUCAGCGUGCAGCACAGCUGCUGUCAGCACCUUCACUUCUGCCAUCCUCCCCAUCACCAGAAGGCAGAAAAAUUACUUCUGAGAUG